ACGAAUGGUUGACGAGUCUUGGAGGCGGGCUCUGCUGAGGAAGAUGUAGCUGUGGUCAUGGCUCCCGGUCCGCGAAUCCCAGCGCAGUAGAAACUAGAAGAAAUACAUCGUCCCUGUUUCUAACAGAGAAGGGCAUUUUUAUUUACAAUUUUUGUUUAAAACCGUAGAUUUUUUUUAAUCUCCUUUAUAUGCGAUCGUGCGGGCCAUGGAUGUGCAGGUUGCCAAGCAUUGCGGCAUCAAGUCUGCAGCGAAAGCGAGCAUCGCGCAGAAUGCAGCUGAAUGCGGGAUCGAGAACACGCCGAAGAAGAAAUCCCGCUCGAGAAGAGGCCGGAGAGGCAAGCGACGGAGGGGCAAGAAGGCCAACGAGCCCCCGCCGUUUCUACCCCCUGAGGCUGAAGAGGGAAACAUUGAAUACAAGCUGAAGCUGGUGAACCCCACGCAGUAUCGGUUCGAACACUUGGCCACGCAGCUGAAAUGGCGACUGCAGGAGGGCCGCGGAGAGGCCGUGUAUCAGAUCGGGGUGGAGGAUAACGGUCUGCUGGUUGGACUCACAGAAGAAGAUAUGAAAGCCUCGCUUAAGACUCUUCGCAGAAUGGCUGAGAAGGUUGGAGCCGAUAUCACGCUCUUAAGAGAGAGGGAGGUGGACUGCGAUAGAGCACGACGAAAAAUUGCUGAAGUUCUUGUGCGGAAAGUUCCGGAUGACCAGCAGUUCCUGGAUCUCCGUGUAGCUGUUCUGGGUAACGUGGACUCAGGGAAGUCAACUCUGCUGGGGGUGCUGACUCAGGGCGAGCUGGAUAACGGACGGGGCCGGGCCAGGCUCAACCUCUUCAGACACCUGCAUGAGAUUCAAACCGGACGGACGUCCAGCAUCAGUUUUGAGAUCCUGGGCUUUAACAGCAAAGGAGAGGUUGUAAACUACAGUGACUCCCGCACAGCGGAGGAGAUCUGUGAGAGCUCUUCUAAGAUGAUCACUUUCAUUGACCUGGCUGGUCAUUACAAGUACUUGAAGACCACUAUAUUUGGCCUGACAAGCUACUGUCCAGACUUUGCCAUGCUGGUGGUGGGAGCCAAUACUGGCAUUGCUGGCACAACGAGAGAGCAUCUGGGUCUGGCGAUGGCGCUGAAGGUGCCCAUAUUUAUUGUGGUGAGUAAGGUGGACCUCUGCGGAAAAAGCACAGUGGAGAAAACGGUUCGUCAGUUGGAGAGAGUGCUCAAACAGCCCGGUUGCAACAAGGUCCCGAUGGUGGUGUCCAACCCUGAUGAUGCCGUCACGGCUGCACAGCAGUUUGCACAAUCCUCCAGUGUGACACCCAUCUUCACCCUCUCCAGCGUGUCUGGGGAGAAUCUGGACCUUCUGAAGGUCUUUUUCAACAUUCUUCCUCCUCUGAGCAACAGCAAGGAGCAAGAGGAGCUCAUGCAACAGCUCACGGAGUUCCAGGUGGAUGAAAUUUACAGUGUUCCUGAUGUAGGAACAGUAGUUGGCGGAACACUGUACAGUGGUGUGUGCCGUGAGGGAGACCGGCUGGUAGUGGGUCCCACCGAUGAUGGGCGGUUCCUGAGGUUGAAGGUGUGCAGUAUCCACAGGAAUCGCUCCGGCUGCCGUGUGCUGAGAGCCGGACAGGCUGCCACACUUGCACUUGGGAACUUUGAUCGCUCAUUACUACGAAAGGGCAUGGUCAUGGUUAGUCCCAAAAUGAACCCUACAAUUUGCUGGCAGUUUGAGGCUGCAAUAGUCCUCCUGUUCCAUGCAAAGACUUUCCGCCGUGGUUUUCAGGUCACCGUGCAUGUGGGGAAUGUGAGGCAGACCGCCACAGUGGAGUGUCUCCUUGGAAAGGAGGAGCUGCGGACAGGCGAGAGAGCCGUAGUGUGUUUCAGAUUCUUAAAGCACCCCGAGUACUUGCGUGUGGGAGCCAAGCUUCUCUUCAGAGAGGGGGUGACCAAAGGCAUCGGACACGUGACACACCUACUACCCUCCACCCAGAACCACGUGCCUGAUCAGAACCGCAACCAGAACCACAGUUAGACGCAUCUAGAGCGACACCGUUAAUCAGAAGAGGUCAUUUGACUGCCACUGCAGUCGUUUCCUGUCCUUGCCUUGAGUUUGCAUCCCCCAUUCAAUCGUGCACCUUUUAUUUCCACUCUGUAGAUUUGCUUAUAUUAAUUGCAGAUUUGCCUUGUGUUAAUGCUCUCGGCUCCUGUGACAUUUGGAGCGUUGAUUAGAGUAUAUGUCUGCUGGGUGUAAUGGAGCUCGAAAACCUCUCCUAUUUUGCACAUGUGCGUGUUUCACAUCUUAAGUUAAAGCUGUCUGACCUUGAGUGAAGAAUUUGGGAGUCGCUAAGUUGGAUAUCUGGAACUGGAACUCCCGCCUACAUAUAACGACAUAAUAAUAGGAAUAAAAUUGGAAAAUAUAUUUUUUUUUUUAGCUGUACUAUCGUCUUAAGGUCCUCUGUGAUAUAAAAUACAUGACAUUACCCCAGCAGAUCUGAAAACACUUUAAACAGAAACAUCAGAAUUAUUACGAAUCCUAGUGUACACCUUCAGACAUAGGUCUUCAACCCUGUUCCUGUAGACCAGGGGUCCUCAAAUCUGGACGUUGAGAUCCGCUUUCCUGCAGAUUUUAGCUCUGAACCUAAUCAAACACACAAGAAGAAGCUGGACAAGAGGACUUUAGGAUUGGAGGUUGGCAUGUUUAAUCCAAGCUGAAGGUAAUCUCUGCAGGAAAAUGGAUAUCGAGGUCCAGAGUUGUGGACCUCUUCUGUCGACCCAUUGUCCUGCCAAAUUUAGCGGUAACCUUAAUCACAUACAGCUGGACCAGCUAACCAAGAUCUUCAGGAUCGUUUGAAAAUCACAGGCCAGGUGUGCUGAAUCAGGAUGGAAAUUAAAUUUGAUGGACAGAGGACGUCCAAAAGCAAGGUUACAGACCUGGGCCUUAAACUGAAUUCUAGAGUACUUCAAUUUGGCAUGACUGUAAACUGCAUGCGCAUAGCCGAAAGUAUAGUUGAUGGCCAGUUAGUUUAAGAAAAGCUGCAUAUGUGAGUUAAGUGUACAGCAAAUCAGACUAUAUACUAUGCUGGUGAUGAAAUCCAUACACUCCAGUUUACCCAUAAAAACCCAAGCUGAGCUUAUCAGUUUAUAUGCUAUAUUUGUAUAUGAUUUGUUGUGGAUAUGUGGAUAAUACAUUGAGCAAAUUUGUCUUGAAUGGAAGAACUGUAGUCAAAAUCGUACAGUUGCGACAGAUUUUUAGUGAACGAAAAAUCCGACAAUUCACAAAUUGUUUCGCAAAAAUAUUCACACAUUCGUUUUGUUUUAAGCUUCAUGAAUAAACGACCAGAGCCUUGUUUCGUUUACUUAGCGUUGUACCAUUUUGCUGCAUUUGUUGAAAACAUCGCCUGCGUAUCACUGUAGGUGUGAUGAAAUAUCGCCCCAUAUCUUCAGGACUGAUGAGGUAACGGGGAACAGUGGAGCUCUGGGGUCGGAGGAACUGUCAGGCAUGAUUGUUUUUUCACUAGCUUGAUUACAUUGUGCCUAAUUCUAAAUGCAUUCACAGACGACUCGAAAAAGAUUGUGCAUAUUGCACAAUUGUUUGUAAGCAAAUAUAAGGUCAUUUCCGAUGGCUUACAGGGUUAACUGGGUUAAACUUAUGGCAGCUUUGUGUGAUGGGCAUUUGUCUUGAGCAUGCACAGGAACCCAGAAAACCGUCGUGUUGUGUGUCUCGUGCGCUCCUUUUUCGAGAUUUUGUGCAAUUACAAAAAUAUUGAAUGUACUGAUCAUAGAUUUAACUGUACCAUUUGAAAUGACUAACGUGACCACUAAUGCUCAUUUUAUUUAACAGCAUUAAACAUCGAGCGUCGCAAUGAAGCUUGAGCAGAAUGCAUUUACAAGUGUAAUUAAAUGAACACGUUCAUUCUGCUUUUGCUUUAUAAAUGAGGCCCGACUGCUUUCUUAAUGUCCGCUGUUGGUCAACAGUGCAUGUUGUGCUUACACAAAUAAUAAUUAAUAUUGUAUGAUGUUCAGCUGGUGGGCUUUAAUACAUUUGAGAUGUAUCUUCACUUCAUGUACUUCUGCAAAAAGGCUUCAAAAGCCUACAAACCAGACUAGAUAUCUAUUGCUUUGCUAUUAGUUCCGAUGUAAUAAAGAAUCAAAUGUUUUAUUGUGGAAA